GCUUCGAUUUCGCUUUCUCACUUCAACUGUGAAAUGCAUCAUGUUUUGUCUUGAUCAUUCCGUCAUUAAUUUUCACACACACACACACACACACACACACCUUCGCGCCUCCUCCCUGCCAACACUAUCAAAUGGCUCUUUGUUUCACUCAUCAGUGGCAUUCGCCCGCUUGGCUUAUCGCUUACCAAUCCGUUGGAACAGCAGCUGUUACGAACUGACCUGAAAUUCAACAUGCAGCCGUACUUGUCCAGCUCUUCCCUUGAUCCUAGCAAUACAGUAUCUGCCAGAUUGUACAGACUGGACUUGUGACACUGAGCUUUGAGGGCCAGCAACGCAAGCUGACCACCGCCGCGGACGCCGAGGUCGUUGUGAGCCAGCUCAACGCGACGCCCGGCCUCCAGCACCUGACGCUCAGCGGCAACACGUUCGGCGUCGAGGCCUGCGUUGCCAUCUGCAGUGCCCUUGCCCCGCACGCUGCGACGCUCGAAGUGGUCAACUUUAGCGACAUUUUCACGUCGCGGCUCCACUCUGAAAUCCGCGACGCCGUUACCGCGUUCAGUGCAGCGCUCGUCAACAUGCCCAAGCUGCGUGAAAUCAACUUUUCGGACAACGCUUUUGGUCCCAUUGGAGCAGAGCGCCUUUCGCCGCUCAUUGCUGGCAACCGCAACCUCGAGGUCAUUCGUGUCAACAACAAUGGCCUCGGUAGCAUUGGCGGCACCAUUGUUGCGAAGGCUCUCUGCGAGCUUGCCAACAGCGACCAACCCGUCCGCCUGCACACGUUCGUCGCCGGUCGCAACCGCCUCGAGAACAAGGGCGCGACCGCGCUCGCCCACGCCUUCACCCAGCUGAAGACGCUGCGCUUGAUUGCCAUGCCCCAGAACGGCAUCCACUACAUUGGUAUUGGCAAGCUGGCCGAGGCGUUCGUGUCAAACCCUGGUCUCCAGGUGAUUGACUUGAACGACAACACCUUCACCUCGAAGGGCGGCAAGAACAUGGCCAAGGCCAUUGCCUCGCUCAAGACGCUCAAGCGCAUCAACUUUGGCGACUGUCUCGCCCGCAAGGCCGGUGGCAAGGCUCUUAUUGAGGCUCUGACCGGUGGCCACGAGUUGCUCGAGGACUUGGAUUUGUCGUACAACGAACUCAAGCCUGCCAACGCCGAGCAGCUGAUUGAGGCGCUCAAGACUUUGACUGGUCUGAAGCAAAUCAACGUGCUCGGAAACGAGAUGAGCAAUAAGGGAGUUAAGAAGAUUAAGGCCGCCCUCGCCUCGGGAGUGCAGUAUACCGCACCGGACGAAGAUGAUGAGGACGAUCAAUCGUGCGACGACGACGAUGACGACGAAGAGGAGGAGGAAUCCGAAGCUGAGCCCGAAGAAGAAGAGCAGGAGGAGGAAGAGGCCGCCGAAGAAUCUGUCCCCGCAUCGGCAGUCAAGCCAUCAGCAACUGCAGAGGUCGAAGUGCUCACCGGCCAAGUUGCUGCCCUGAACGUCUCUGCGCCAUGAUUGCUCGUCUGGCCUUGUUUUGCCUUUUUGUCGCUUUUGGGAGUUGUGGAACCGGUUGAAUUUGGUGUUAUUGUUGCAUGUUUGCACUGUGGUUGAUGAAACAAAUGAGAGAAAACCCUUUGAUACUUUGUUCUGUGCUCUUCUCUUCGUUUUGUA